AUGGGCUAUACAGUGAAAGAAAUACAUGAUUUCCUCAUGAUUUACAUAGGGGUUGGAGGGUCUCUGAAUUAUAUGUAUGAUCAGAUAUGUAAUCACCUUUUUGUACCAAUAACACUUAUGUUCAGAGAGUUUGGUAUGUCCCAUUGGGUACCUAACUGUAUGGAGUAUCGAUAUUGUUCAGAAGGUUGCUGUGUUCAUGAAUAUUGUGCUUAUCAUUCGAUAUGUUACCCUAAAAUACAUUGUGAAUUCUCCUGCCCCGAUGGAUUGUGUGUUAACGAAAUCUGCAUGCCAUAUAAGAAAUGUAAUUCGAGCCAACAAUGUGGAAUGGCAAAUGUGUGUACAUAUCAUCAUAAUUUAGGCUACGAUACUUGCCAGUAUGAUUUAGACAUAGGAAAAUCAUUGUGUUUAGAUAGAGACGGUAAAAGCGCCUUAAAAGUUGAAAAUUAG